AUGGCGCAAGGAGAUUCCGCUAGGGUGCAGGAGGCCCAGAAGCUCGCAAAGACCGACCCCAGGAAGGCCGAGCAGCUCCUCCGCGACAUCAUCUCACAGACACCCUCUGUCAACUCCGAGGCCGCCGUCCGGGACUACGAGCUGGCGCUGAUUGCUCUAGGAGAGAUUUACAGAGAUGAGAAGAACACAACAGAGCUUGUCGAGCUCGUCAAGACGAGUCGAUCCGUGCUAUCAUCCUUUGCCAAGGCCAAAACCGCGAAACUGGUGAAGCAGCUCCUCGACCUCUUCCAAGACAUACCCAACUCCAACGAGAUCCAGAUCGCCGUGACCAAAUCCUGCAUAGAAUGGGCCACGAGCGAGCGCCGCAGCUUCCUGCGCCAGAACCUCGAGACCCGCCUCGUGGGUCUGUACAUGGCGAAGCAGUCGUACUACGAGGCCCUCACCCUCAUCAACAGCCUCUUGCGCGAGCUCAAGCGCCUCGACGACAAGCUCGUCCUCGUCGAGGUCCAGCUCCUCGAGUCCCGCGUCUACCACGCCCUCGGCAACAUCCCCAAGGGUCGCGCCGCCCUCACCAGCGCCCGCACCAGCGCCGCCUCCGUCUACACCCCGCCCCGCCUCCAGGCCGACCUCGACAUGCAGAGCGGCAUGCUCCACGCCGAGGACCGCGACUUCAACACCGCCUUCUCCUACUUCAUCGAGGCCCUCGACGGCUACCACGCCCAGGACGAGCCCGCCAAGGCCACCGCCGCCCUCCAGUACAUGCUCCUCUGCAAGAUCAUGCUCAACCUCGCCGAGGACGUAAACACCCUCCUCCAGUCCAAGCAGGCCCUCAAGUACGCCGGCCAGAACCUCGAGGCCAUGAAGGCCAUCGCUAGGGCCCACUCCAACCGCUCCCUCGAAGAGUACGAGCGCGCCCUCGCCGCCUACCGCUACGAGCUCGGCAGCGACGCCUUUAUCCGCAACCACUUGCGCCGCCUGUACGACGCCAUGCUCGAGCAGAACCUCAUCAAGGUCAUUGAGCCCUUCUCCCGCGUCGAAAUUGACCACGUCGCCAAGAUUGUCGGCCUCGACACCCAGCAAGUCGAAAGGAAACUCUCCCAGAUGAUCCUCGACAAGGUCAUCAUCGGCGUCCUCGACCAGGGCGCCGGUUGCCUCAUCAUCUUUGACGAGACGCACAGGGAUGACAGCUACGACGCCGCCCUGUCCACCGUCGACAAGCUCAGCAACGUCGUCGACGGCUUGUACAUAAACCAGGCCUCUCUGUUGGAGUAA